AUGCAGCCACUGGCAAGAUCCCUGGCAUGUGCACUCAUAGUCCUGAGCAUCGCACGCGCGCAGGCCUGCGCCACUGCGCGAGUUGUUAGCUUUGGGAAGGCGACGCGCUGGGCUGACGGGUGGGCAUCGUUCCUCCUCUCUGACCGACCGAUCAGUUUCUUUCCUGCCAGAGGCGUCAACUUGGUGGCCAUCAAUGCUAGCACCGAGGAGGUGAUCUUCGCCAGAUCCUACAAAAAAGCGCCGGACCAAUUGAAGAAGGACUUGCAGGACGUGGCGUUGGAUACAGUGGUCUUGGUUGCACUGAAAGGCGGAGCAGACCAGGAGAGUCUGCAAGCAUUGUCCUUGGUCCAUGCGUCGCUCUUCCCGGUUCUCGCUGAAGGAGAAGGAUAUGCUUUCAUUGCUGGGCGCGGCGGCGUGCCGAUCACAGAAGACCUGGGGAGAGUAGCUGAUGCCACGAGCUGA